AUGCCAAAAGAAAUAAAAAAAAAAACACAAAUGAAAAGAAGAGUUAUAUCUUUAGAAAGCAAAAUUAAAAUUUUAGGUCGUCUGCGUAAUGGAGAAAGAGUAACAGAUGUUGCUAAAUUUUAUUCCAUGAAUGAAGCCACAAUAAGGACCAUAAGAAAAAAUGAAGACUCCAUUAGAAGAAGUGUAGCAGCUGGAUCUUCUGCGAGUAUGAGCACAGCUUCAUACGUAAGAGAUGUUGCAAUGGAAAAUAUGGAAAAAGCAUUAAUGAUAUGGCUAGAAGACGCCACUCAAAAGCAGAUUCCAAUUGAUACCAGUACAAUUACAAAUAAGGCUUUGAAGAUUUAUGAAAAAAUUAAGAAUCAGUUACCAUCUACUUCUUCAGCUGAAAAGAAGCUGUCUUUUUCUGUAAGCCAUGGUUGGUUUGAAAGAUUUAAACGAAGACAUUCUUUACAUAAUCUAAGAUUGAAAGGUGAACAAGCAUCUGCUGAUUCAGAUGCAGCGCAACAAUAUCCGGUCUUCAAUGCUGAUGAGUCCGGGUUAUUUUGGAAAAAAAUGCCAGAAAGAACCUAUUUGGCUAAAGCUCACAAAUCAGCUAGUGGUCAUAAAGCAGCGAAAAGUCGUAUAACAGUUCUUUUCUGCUGCAACGCUUCAGGCGAUCAUAUAAUGAAACCAUUAGUUAUUAACAAGUCAAAAACGCCACGCUCAUUUAAAGGAAUAAACAUCAACAACCUUCCCGUUUAUUGGAUGGCCAAUAAGAAGGCCUGGGUUACUGCCACACUUUUUAAUGAAUGGUUUCAUAACUUUUUUGUCCCAGACGUCAAAAGGUAUUUAAGUAAAAAAGGGUUGCCUUUUAAGGCCCUUCUUUUAAUUGAUAAUGCACCAGGAAAUCCUCAAGAUUUACAACACGAAAAUGUGCAAGUUGUAUUUUUACCCAAGAAUACGACUUCUUUAUUGCAGCCGUUAGAUCAAGGUAUAAUUUCGACUUUUAAGGCACUGUACAUCAAACGAACCUUCAGGUAUAUUUUAGAACAAAUAGAAAAUGAUGAAUCUCUCCCAAUUAUGGAUGCUUGGAAAAAAUUUACAAUCUUAGAUUGUGUUAAGCAUGUUGGAGUGUCAUAUACCGAGAUUAAGCAAUCAACGCUCAAUGCCUGCUGGAAAAAAUUAUGGCCAGAUGUAGUUGAAGGUGAAAAUUCUAGAUUACCAUUGGAGCAUGAAUAUUCUCAGAUAACGGAGAUGGCGCAUACAAUGGGAGGAAAAGGUUUCGAGGAUUUUGCUGAGGCAGAUAUUGUAGAACUAAUGGCGGACAAAGAACUAGAUGAGGAUGAUUUAGUUGACAUGGUUAAUGAAACAAAUGAUCGUGCAGUGAUCCUGAUGAAGAGGAGUCUGAACCAGUUGCGUUCACAGAAAAAGUCAUCCGUGAAGGACUUGAAUUAG